AUGAGAACUAAGAGGGGUGGAACAGGAUUUAUUGCUAUAAAAGUAGAUAUGGAAAAAGCUUAUGACAGGCUAGAUUGGAACUUCCUAGAAUUCACAAUGAAAAGCCUUGGCCUAUCAGAUAAUUUUGUCGACAUCAUAAUGAAAUGCAUUUCCACAGCCUCGAUGAGAGUCUUAUGGAAUGGGGUGGCAAUAGAGAGCUUUCAACCAUCUAGAGGAGUGAGACAGGGAGAUCCCCUAAGCCCCUACCUAUUUGUCCUGUGCAUGGAAAGGCUGGGGCAACUGAUUCAGCAUGAGAUUGAAAGGGGAAGAUGGAAGCCGAUGAAACUGAGUACAAGAGGACCAAUCAUCUCACAUCUUUUCUUUGCUGAUGAUUUGAUUUUGUUCGGAGAAGCGUCAACAGAUCAGAUGUUGGAAAUGAAGAACAUCAUGCAUUUCUUCUGUCAGAGCUUACGAACUGAGCCAAAUGGUUGGGAUUGGCCUUACCCAAGACCUCAGAAAGUAUUUGGGUGUACCGAUCCUACACAAAAGAGUAACCAAGACGAUAUUUGCUCCCUUAAUUCAGAAGGUGAGAUCAAGACUGGAAAACUAGAAAGGAAGAUUCCUGAGCCUAGUAGGGAGAUCAGUACUCAUCAAUUCGGUUAUCUCAACACUCCCCUCAUACCAAAUGCAAACAACACUACUCCCAAAAGGCAUCUAGUUGAAUUGGAAAAAAUCAGUAGAACCUUUUUCUGGAAUAACGAAAAUGGAGGUAGGAAACUUCAUCUUCUAGCUUGGGAUGUGAUUAAAAAGAGUAAAGAAGAAGGUGGUCUUGGAAUCAAAGAUCUACAUAGUCAAAACGUGGCUUUCAUCAUGAAACUAUGCUGGGGAAUUCUUACAAAACCCCAAGCAAUGUGGGUCAAAUGCUUGAAGGCGAAAUAUGAUUGUGGGGAGAAUAGGAUGCCGGAAGUCAAUCAAAAAAGAAACCAAUCUGAAGUUUGGAGGGCGAUAACACUGGUUUGGAAAGAGUUCCUGAAAGGUGUGGGAUUCCAACUACAGAGUGGAGAAACAGCAAAAGCUUGGAGUGAUUUGUGGAGUCCUCUGGAGCUUCCUUUAAAGUUCUAUGCAAAUAAGAACUUCCACCAAAUAAAUCCAGAUGAACCAGUGAGGAACUUUGUGACAGAUAAUGGCCAAUGGAAUCUGAUUAGAUGGGGAGAAUGUCUCCCUAGUUGGGUGCUAGAGAAAAUCAAAAUGACUAGACCACCAACAGGGAGGGGUGAGGAUAAGAUAUGCUUGAGAAAUGCCACAGAUGGAAAUUUCAGUGUAUGGCUCAAAUGGAACACCGAAAACAACCCAACAAAUGGAAGAUUUUCUAGAUGGCCGUGGAGUCGAAUCUUUGAACAAGUCUGUUGGGCUAUCUGGAAGAACAGAUGUAAGAAAGCAUUCGGGGAGAAGACUACUCGACCAAAGGACCAAAUGUUCAAGAUCCUGAACCACCUUAUGGAGGAGGUACAGCAAGAAAAAUUUCGCCACCAGAUAUACCAGCUUCCAGAGAGGAGCACCACACAACGUAAUCCCCCACCUCCUGAUUAUGUCAGAAUUGAUGUGGACGGGUCAAAAUCAAGAGAAGGUGCGGCAACUUGUGGAGGUUUUAUUAGUGACUAUCGAGGUCAUUGGAAGGGUGGAUUUCAACGGAAGUUGGGUACCAUGCCCUCAACAGCUGCGGAGAUACACGCUAUGCUGACUAGACUGCAACUUUGCAAGCAGUUGGGGUAUAGUAAAAUAAAGCUAUACACGGAUUCGGCUGAGGCUCUUCACCUACUUCUGACCGAUUGUGAGCCCUCACAUCCUUUGAGGGAGAUGGUACAAGACUUGAGAAAUUUGAUAUUUGAUAAUUGGGACAUUGAAAUCCUGCACUCAUUCAGGGAAAAUCUAGGAUGUGCCAAUAAGCUUGCUACGAUGGCUCAUCAUAUUGAGCAUGAGUAUAUAUUUCUACAAGAUAUCCCGAAUUAUUGUAGGGAGUAUUUUGAUGCUAGUCAGGGACAAAUGGGUCAGUAA